ACUCUCCUCUCUUAUUUCAGCCGGUAGGUGGUACUUCACCUACAUAACUCAUCAGGCGCAAAAAAUAACGGACUUGAAUCGAUAUUUAUUCGCUUUGCUUGAGCGGGGGGAUGCCCUGCCUCCACUCGGAUGCGCUGGAGUCCAUGGAGCCUGGCAGCGCACCCGGGGAGUCCUCCUCUGCAGCCGGGACAGAGGACUGUUUCCGCACACAGACGGAGACUGAGCCUCCGAUGGUGAAAGGCAUGAGCUGGUUCUUCUGCCCACUGUGGAGUCCACGGUCCAAGGCACACCGCCGGUUUGGGGACAGCAUGAAGAGCGAGCAAGUGGAGGCAUGGCUGGAUGACCACUCCGACUUCACCAGGACGUACUUUUUACGCAGAGCUUCAGCAGUCAGUGGUCCUCCAUCAGAGAUGUCUCCAUUGCUCCCCAGGAUUCCCAGGAGCAGCUCGGACUACUCUGAACAGUCUCUCCAUCGCAGAGCCUCCUCUCCACUCACUACCUCUCAUCUGAAUAUUUCCACACUAAGGGACAAGCUCAAACCCUUCGCUUCCAAUCUCAGUGCCCCUGAGUGGAUGGAUCGCUGCAGUCCAGAUCUACUGGGCCGUCACUCCCCCUGCUCUCCUCGUUCUUCUUUUUCUCCAUGUCUACCCCUCUCUCCCAUUUGCCCAGGCUCUCCAGACUUGCCCCACUCUCCUCCUCCUCCAGCUGGUACCAACAUCCCAGUGUGUGGCCAGGGUGAGGGCUGCACAUGGAUGAUGGAGCUCCUCAGAGGAGGCCUCAGUGGGAUGGGUUCAGUGGCAGAGCUUUGCCAGGGGGGUAUUUUGCACAUUGGGGAGCUGCUCACUGCCGAGGGUGGCUCCCUGUCUCUGGCAAAAAAGGACAGUGGUGGAAGAGUUACGUUGGAGAAGGUGAUUGGCCCAACAUCCAUAGGAUGCUUAAGCGACCAUGACCUUUGCUGUAAUGCACAUCUGGAGAUGAUGAAGACCAUCAUGGGAUGUGUGUUUGCUACAGGGGCACCAGUGAACAUCAGAAAUAUUUCUGAGGACUCCAGAUAUGAUUCGGAUGAUGAUCUCUCAUCAAAUUUUAACAUUAGGACUGUUUUGAGUGUCCCCAUCAAGAACCAUAGGGGAGAGAUGAUAGGCGUAGUCGCAAUGAUCAAUAAGAGAAGUAGUGGUGAUGGAUUGGUGUCUGCGUUUACCAGUAUGGACGAGAAGGUCCUCUUAAAUCACAUGGAUGUCUUGGGGAUGGUCCUGGACAACAUCCAGCUGUACGAAAGCUCAAGACAAGAGGCUAAACGCAGUCAGGCCUUGAUAGAGAUGGCGCAAGUGUUGUCGAAGGAGCACCAUUCAUUUGAAGUUCUACUCAGUAAAAUGGCUGCGACCAUCAUGCCCUUCACACAUGCUCAGUACUGCACCAUUUUCAUCCCCAAAGAGGAACCUUCAGACAUUAAGGACAAGAUUUCUUUCUCUCGAGUGAUCCACCUUGAAUGUGAAGAGCUUGGGUCAACCUGCCAGAUCUACAGAAGGGAACGUAAUAUCAGUGAUCUAGAUCCAAAAUAUGCUCUUCAAACCCUGGUCACCAUGGAAACUCUUAAUGUAUCUCAGACCUCUCAUGAAUCAAUAAAGAACCUGAUCUGCUGCCCUGUCAGAAAUGAGAGAUCUGAAAAUGUUAUUGCUGUGUGCCAGCUGAUGAAUAAAGGAGCAAGAGAUUCAAAUGAGAUUGAAGCUUUUAACAGAUAUGAUGAGCGCCUGUUGGAGGACCUCGCGGUGUAUUGUGGCCUGGCUCUACAAUACGCUCAGGCUGUGCAGAUCACUGAGGAACGCAGGGCCAGUAUAGAAGUCACACAGGAGGUUCUUGCAUACCACAUCACUGCUGCAGAACAGGAAAUCCAAGCACUGCAGGAGGCUGAUAUUCCUUCUUCUGACUCGCUGAAUAUAUUAGACUUCUACUUCUCAGAUUUUGGUCUUCCAGAGGAUGUGACGGCUCAGGCUACUGUUCGUAUGUUCCUGGAACUCAACCUAAUGCAAGAAUUUAACAUUGAUUACAAGAGUCUCUGCCAGUGGGUUCUGACUGUAAAACGUGGUUAUAGGAACAAUGUGCCGUACCACAACUGGAACCAUGCACUGAGCACUGCACAAAGCAUGUUUGCUAUGCUCAUGGCCACAGAUCAGCUCCGGGAUAUUUUUUCCAAUCUGGAAAUUUUAGCCUUAAUGAUAGCCACUCUGAACCAUGAUCUUGACCACAGAGGAGUCAGUAACUCUUACAUAGAAAGGAGUCAUCAGCCUUUAGCUCAGCUGUACGGCCAUCCCUCUCUUGAAAACCACCACUACAACCUGUGCCUCUUCAUCCUUAACAACACUGGAAGUCAGAUUCUCAGCGGUCUCUCCUCUGAGAACCACAGAACUUUACUGCACAUGGUCAAAAGGGCAAUCCUCGCCACUGACCUUGCCGUCUACAUGGAGAGAAGGACAGAGUUUUUUGCUCUCACCAAAAAAAGCAGAGUGAAUUGGAAGACUGAUAAACAAAGAGAUCUUCUUAGGUCCAUGUUGAUGACAGCCAGUGACCUCUCCGCUAUCUCAAAGCCAUGGCCUGAACAAAAAAGAAUUGCCAACCUGGUUGCCAUGGAGUUCUUUGCACAAGGCGACAAAGAAAAAGAAGAGUUCAAGAUCAAACCUAUUGACAUAAUGAACAGAGAAAAUAGCACACGACUUCCAUACAUGCAGGUUGAAUACAUUGAUGAGAUCUGCUAUCCACUCUACAAGGCUGUAUCAAGACUCUUUGACACUUGCUCUCCUUUACUGAACGGUUGUAAGAAGAAUAGAGAAAACUGGCUGCAGCUUGCCAAGGGAGCAGAGGAAGAAAGUUGCAGUAGUAUUCAUGUUGCCAAGGAAACCAACAAAAACAAUAUGGUGGACACACAAGCAGUGGAAUAGGGCACGAAGCUUUGCACUGUCUGGGCAAAUAUGGACCCCUGUCCCCCCUACCAGCAUAUCAGAAACCCUCUGUACUAUAGGGACAGACAGCAAUAACCCUGACAAAUGUAAGCAAUAAAGCACUGUAAUCACACUUGGCUGAAACUUGUUCAAUGUGCAAAGCGAAUUUGUAGAUUUUCACACUGUAUCUAUGUUGUUUCUUUUAUAUUCUAUGAAAGCACAUCCAGAUGUGAGAACUUAAAACAUUUGUAAACAAUGGAAAUUUAAACACAGAAGAAAAUGUACAAUAGGGAUUUUGUGGUUCAUACAAUUACAUUUCCUAGAGUAGAUGCUACUUCAAAUGUGUAGAGUUUUAGUGAAUUCUCCCUACCAUUUGAUGCAUUCAGGUGAUGCAAAUUUGCACUUUUUUAAGCAACUGUUAUAAAUUUUAACUUUUGUAAGAUUAUUCAGUCUAGACCAAAUAUCCCUAAAGCACAGUCUGUGGGUUGUACUGGCUAUCAAAGGCUUAUAGUAGAAACCCUUUGAAAGGUUUGUGACUUGUUAUUAAAUAUGAUCAGAAAUUGUAAGGAAAACCAGAAAAUCAAAUUAAAUGUAUGAAACUUUAUAAUUAUAUAUAUUAUGUAUUAUCAUGUAUCAUGUCUUGUUGCAAUCCUCACUGAUAGACAACUUUAGCUCUGUCAUUACUGUAAUAGUCAGUAAGUUUGUGUGAAAGUGUUCAUGAUGUAAUUAAAGCUGUCUAUAUUGUUCUGUUGCACAGGUGUUUGUUAAUGAGCCAUAUGUGCUUA